CAAUGACUUCCAUUAAGGGAGAGGAGCCAAAAACCCAAGGUUCGGGUCAACACAGAGAAGGGAAUCAUAAGAGCCUCUUGCAAAGCGACGCUCUUUAUCAGUAUAUACUUGAAACCAGUGUUUAUCCCAGAGAGCACGAGUGCUUGAAGGAGCUGCGAGACUUGACUGCGAAACACCCCUGGAACGUCUGUUCUGUGUCGGCUGACGAAGGCCAAUUUCUGAACUUGUUGCUCAAACUGAUGAAUGCCAAGAACACCAUUGAAAUUGGCGUCUUCACUGGUUACUCCCUUCUCGCCACGGCCCUUGCCCUCCCAGAAGAUGGGAAGAUAUUGGCUUUGGACAUCAACCGCGCAGAUUAUGAGCUGGGCUUGCCUGUGAUCCAAAAGGCUGGUGUUGCUCACAAGAUUGACUUCAGAGAAGGGCCUGCGCUUCCUGUUCUUGACCACUUGCUCAUAGACGAAAAGAACAAGGGGGCCUUCGAUUUCAUAUUUGUGGACGCGGAUAAGGAAAAUUACCUGAACUACCACAGGAGGGCCAUUGAGUUGGUGAAGGUUGGGGGACUGAUCGGCUACGACAACACCCUAUGGAACGGCUCUGUUGCGGAGCCACCAGAAGUACCUCAGCUCGAUUACAUCAAGUAUUAUCGUGUUUUUGUGUGGGAGCUCAACAAGGCCUUAGCCCGUGACUCUAGGAUUGAGAUUUGUCAACUUCCUAUUGGUGAUGGCAUUACCCUGUGCCGCCGCAUCAUCUGAUCCCUUAGUACUACUUGUUUUCAACUAUUUGCAUUAUGUACUACUCUAAUUAAUUUCUUUGUCAACAGCUCAAAUAUUAAGCAGGAAUAAUAAGGGAAAAAUAUA